CAAGACUCGAGAAGAGGCCUUGAAUGGACCAAAUUGGGGGUUAUGUGUGCUUGCUGGGAGGUGGUGCUGUGAGCUGGCGCAGCAAGAAGCAGAAUGAGGUGGGAUUGUCUUCAUGUGAGACUGAGUACAUGGCCUUACACCAUGGGGCCAAGGAAGUGGUAUGGCUGAGGCGUUUGUUGGAGGAGUUGGGAGUUGGUCAGGAGGAGCCGACAGUUGUGUUCUGUGACAAUGAGUCUGCAGUGAAGCUGGCCAAGAAUGCUUGUCUGCAUGGGCUGACAAAACACAUAAGGCCUAAGUGGCAUUGGGUGAGGAGACUCCUUGAUAAGGAGGUGCGGCUGGAGAUAGUGAAGACCCAUCAGCAGGCAGCAGAUAUUUUCACUAAGCGUCUGGCGGAGGCGGAUCAUUGGAAGGGCAUGAAGCUUGCUGGGAUGAGUGUGCAUUGAGUAUGCAUGCUUGAGAUGUUGGUAUGGUGGAUGAUGGUUGGCAGCCAGAGGGGGAGAUUGUUGUGUGAUGUCAUCAUAUGCUAUCACAUUCUGUCUGCCUCCCAUCCCAUAUUUUUUCAACUUGCAUGUGUGGUUUGAACGUGUGCAAGAAUUUGUGUGUGGUGUGUUCUGGAGUUUGGGAAUGUGUUUUGUGUUAUUCUGUCUGAGCAGGUAUUUGUGAUAAUAGAUCUUGAGAAGAUCUUUCCGACGCAACAAGAAUCCCUUCAAUCGGAGCAAGAACGCGAAAGCUAUGAAGAUUCAAAGUUCAUGAGCUUGCGUUACAAUUGCGGCGGUUACAAAGUGAAGUUGUGGGGUGACUCUAUAUGGAGUUGGGACCUUUGGGGGUUUGGGAAAUUUGUCACUCACUGUAACAGCUGCAAAUUGGUUGGGAACAACCAAGCUAGGUUGGCAAGGGUGGCCAACUUGGAUGGAUUGGUUGGGAAGGGACAAAUGUCAAAGUUGGGGUUCCUAUAGGGAGGGAAUCUUUGUGCUUAUGGGGUUUCCUUGGUUGGGGACUCUCUUGGGACCUUCCCUCUCAUCCCUCUCUUCCUAUCCCAACCUUUCUCUUGCUCCUUCUAAUUCCUUGUGAGAUUCUUGAACUUUGAUUGAACCCUUGAGAUUGAGUUAAGUUCUCCUCCUACAGCUUACCCCCUAGUGCGUCGAAAGCCAUAGCGUCGCGAAUACUUCAUCAAUCAACGUGAUUCAAAUUGGGAACGGUAGCUGAGAUCAAGAGCUACAACAUAUCCAAGUUUC